AGUUGAAGUCCUUGUAUGGUCACAUGGCCGUUAAAGCUAUAAGUUGAAAUUGCUGUCGACCAAUAAGCAGUCAGCGCAAAUUCAAAGAAAUGAAAUAUCCCUUUGGAAAAAUGGCAGCCAGGCAUGUGACUGGCGCUCCUUUUGCAUGUGAAAUUGGCCAUGAAAUUCCAGUAAGCAGAAAGGCUGACUUUCCUAUUAAUUUUCACCUCCACAAUCUCUCCAGACUCAUCUCCCUUUCCUUAAUCUAAUGGCAACUCCAGUACGCUCAAGGCGCAGUUUAGUCAUAUGGCUUCUUCGCAUGAUUGGUUACACCUCGAUCUCGGUCGCCGUUGUCGCCCUAGUCAUCUCGUGGUUUCGACAGUUCCGAAGGAGAAUACCCAGGGACGAUGGCAGAGCAAAUAAUAACGGCACUUCGCUUCGCCGGACGAGCAGUGAAAUGAAUGAGAUUAAUUCAUCGCCAUCCAAUCCACAGGGAGCUACAGCCAAUUCGCUAAGCUCGAUAGGAUCAAAGUUUCUCGGAGGUGUUAUGAACGCUACUAAUAACGCGCGGAGACGUAAGAGAGUGAUGACCAUCUCUUUGAAGAAUACUAUAUUAUGGAAUCCAUCAUCUGAUGUGGAUAGCCCAAACCACGCAUUUCAGGAAAGAGCCACACACUUACUACAGCACCUUUCCAACUACUAUCAUAUUUACAUUAUCGUACAUAUGAAUUCACCGGCGGAACGGGAUCAAAUUGACGAAAUGCUGACCAAUUCUGGCAUGUUCAAGUUCAUCGACCGUCGCAAAUUGUUGUAUUGUGAGACAGAAGAAGGCAAGAUACAUAUGAUCCGACAUUUGGAACCAGCAGUGCAUAUAGAAGGCGGUUGGGAAAAGGACGAUGGAGAAGAUAUUGUUCGCAAGAUCAGAACGUUUGUUGGAAAGGUUGUCUGGGUUAUCACUCGCCGAAGACGAAGCAGUUUUGGAAAAGAAGGAAUCAAGGAAGGAGAUGAAGGCAUCAUUGGCCCCAAUGUCGAAAUUACGGAAAAAUUAAUCGAAAGUACAGUUGCGCGCGAGGCUGGUGUUGUUUUUGAAGCGGAAUCCUAGCAAACGAGAUAAUCCUCUUCUCAUAUAAUGGUGCCUGUUACACGGGCAGGUCCCUAAAGUAGUGAGGAGUCACGAUUUUCUUAUGUAUAUCAGAAAAUUAGCAAAUUAUAAAUCAAAAAUCUAUAUACCUUGAAGUUUGAGAUACCUUUGAAAAUGUUAAAGCUCUUGGACAUCGG